UCUACAGUUUUAAGAAAUAGUCCAACAACCUCACCUUUUAACCUGUUUGAGCGAAUCUACACUCAGCUAUUAUGAAAACCGGUCCGCGCGAUGCAUAUGCGUCUGCGGAGAGAAAAUCCGUGCCAUCUGACGUUGAAGGAUUUAUGGGUUUAUGCGAAAUUGCUUUCCCCACUGUGUAGAUUAAAUACCGUGGGAUGUUUUGUGUGCGUGGGUGUUUGUGUGGUGUGCCCGUAAAGCCGUGCAUUGUUGAACACCAACAACGACCACGAUGUUUAAAGAAGGCACAGAUCUGGUUGCUUAGUUUACUGUUUUUGGAAAAUCUGACUGUUGGGUUGUUGGCACCUAAAAUCCGACUCGUUUGGAGUGUGUGCACCAUGCAGACGGAUGCCUUGCUGUUGAUCUGUGUCUGCGUGCUUGGUGCUGCGGGAAGAUCGGUUCAUCAGAGGGGGCACAUAUUCGAAAAUUACAGCCAAACAAGACCAAGAAGAGAAACACAGAGGGAGGGAGAAGGUGGUCACAAAUCUGGCAGUCCUAUCCUGAAAAGAAGUCCGGAUGUAACCAAGAAUUACAUGACUAAAUCAGAACAGCUUCUGAGAGUAGACGAUCAUGACUUCACCAUGAGACCUGGGUUUGGAGGACCUGCUAUUCCUGUUGGCGUAGAUGUUCAGGUUGAAAGUCUUGACACGAUUUCUGAAGUUGAUAUGGACUUCACCAUGACCCUGUACCUGCGUCACUACUGGAAGGACGAGCGUCUAUCCUUUCCCAGCAACACAAACCAGAGCAUGACCUUCGACGGUCGGCUGGUCAGGAAAAUCUGGGUGCCUGACAUGUUCUUUGUCCACUCCAAGAGGUCCUUCAUUCACGACACAACCACCGACAACGUCAUGUUGCGUGUCUUCCCCGAUGGCAAGGUUCUCUACAGCCUGAGGGUCACGGUGACUGCAAUGUGCAAUAUGGACCUGAGCCGCUUUCCUUUGGACACACAGACCUGCUCCCUGGAGAUUGAGAGCUAUGCGUACACAGAGGAUGACCUGAUGCUCUACUGGAAAAAAGGCAACGAUUCUCUCAAAACGGAUGAAAAAAUCUCCCUCUCCCAGUUUCUCAUCCAGAAGUUCCACACCACCACCAAGCUGGCAUUCUACAGCAGUACAGGUUGGUACAACCGGCUGUACAUCAACUUCACCCUGCGACGCCACAUCUUCUUCUUCCUGCUCCAGACCUACUUUCCCGCCACGCUGAUGGUCAUGCUCUCCUGGGUCUCCUUCUGGAUUGACCGCCGUGCGGUCCCCGCCAGGGUCCCUUUGGGGAUCACCACGGUGCUCACAAUGUCCACCAUCAUCACUGGGGUCAACGCGUCCAUGCCCAGGGUCUCCUACAUCAAAGCUGUGGACAUCUACCUCUGGGUCAGCUUUGUGUUCGUGUUCCUCUCGGUGAUAGAGUACGCCGCAGUCAACUACCUGACCACCGUGCAGGAGCGCAAGGAGAGGAAGCUGAGAGACAGGCUCCCCUGCACCUGCGGCAUUUCGCACCCCACCGGACUGAUGCACAGCAGCUACAGCGACGUGGACGUCAACACCACGGGGAACUACAGCAUGCCCGAGGAGAACGGCGACAAGCGCGAGCGGAUCCUGGUGCAGCUGGCGCUGGCCGACGAUCGGACCGGGGGGCAGGGGAAGAGCCACCGGAGCUACGCCAGCAUGUGGAUCGAUACGCACGCCAUAGACAAGUACUCUCGAGUCAUCUUCCCCGGUGCCUACACCCUCUUCAACAUCAUCUACUGGUCCAUCUACUCAUAACGCUGAGCCUGUCUGGGCCCAAGAAGCUCCGGCAAACAAGGACCAUGACCUUGGGCUAAAAGUUAAGAAUCGCCCUUUUUCUACCGUUUCCUUUUUUUUAAAUGAUAAUUUGUAUUUGUGUGAAAGAGUGUUGCACUGGAAACUAUGCCAUUGCUGUAAAUUCUCAAAAUUAAGGGGGGAAAUAGCAUUUUACAUUAAAUAUUUGAUUCAUUUGAUUAUUUUUUUUAAGAAUAGUAUUUUAUCAGUUUUACUUAGUGUGAAGUAGAUUUCAGAGAGAAUGUGCUGGUAUACAUAAUUUGCUCAUCGUAUCAGCUGUUACAGUAAAUGCAGUGCACUGCAAAAACCAAAACAAAAGCCAGUCUCAGUAUAUUAGUCUCAUAUUUAGACUUUAAAUCUUUACUAUGACUUUUUUGUGAAAAAAGGAAAAAAUAUUGCCAAUUAGGUAAGACCAGUUUUACUCAUUUCAAGAUUUGCCAAUGUGUUAAGAAAAUGACAAAUGUCAAGCAAACCAAGCAAAUAUUUCCUAUUUCUACUAAGAUCUAAGAUCACUAAGUCUCAUUAUAAGACUAAAAAAUGUUUUUGAUUGUUGUGACAUAAAAACAAAAUUGACAUUUUUUUAAAACAACAUUGCAAUACUGAAUAUUUUUAAUACAGGUUUUGGUGAAUCUUUGUAUUUAUUUAUUGUUUUGCUAUUUAUUUAUUUUGGAUGAUAAAAUCGACUGGAUUAUAUUCAUAUGAUUUCAGCACCAAUUUACAUGAUAUUCACUUCAAAGAAGAAGAAAAAGAAUUCCUAAUACCUACACAUAAUACAAAGAUCUUUAUCAAUUCAGUUUCAAACACAAAAAUAUUCAUUUGUUUUGGAAUUUGGAGGCACAUACAUUUUCAAAUAAUUCAAAUAAUUACAGCAUGACACAUUAUCAGGGAAUAAAGAACAGACAUUGAGUAGGAAAAUCACUGUGUUCUCUGCAUUACAAAAAAGUGCUAACAGAAUUUAUAAUACACACAGAAAUGUGAUUCAUUAUGGACAGGGAUGAAUUGUAUUUUGAAUACAGUCAUCCGAUUCAGUACAUUUCAUCUGAGACUUGUUUGUAAAUUUUAGUUAUAGAUGAGGCAAUAAAUGUGAUACGUUGUGAGUUUGCGCUUGAACCUGAACACUUGAAAAACUCUCAACUUUGCAUCAAUUAGUCAUGGUGUAAUGAGUUGAUUUGAUUAAUCAAAUAAAAUGUACCAUGUAAGCUA